ACAGUUCUUUCGCCCGCGAAUCCGUCGGACGAGGAUGAACAGCCGCCUGCAGGAGAUCAGAGAGCGGCAAAAACUGCGCCGGCAGCUCCUCGCUCAGCAGCUUGGGGCUGAAAGUGCUGAUAGCAUUGGUGCAGUAUUGAAUAGCAAGGAUGAGCAGAGGGAAAUCGCUGAAACGAGGGAAGCAUGCAGGUUUGUACUAAAAGAGACUGUUUUCUUCCACAUUUGCAGGGCCGCUUAUGAUACAUCUGCACCAAAUGCCAAACGCAGAUAUCCAGAUGAGGGAGAAGCUGAUGAAGAAGAAAUAGAAGAAUAUAAGGUUAAAGAUGAAGUAGAAUUGCAACAAGAUGAAGAGAACCUGCCUUAUGAAGAGGAAAUUUACAAAGAUUCCAGUACUUUUCUUAAGGGGACCCAGAGCUUAAAUCCUCAUAACGAUUAUUGCCAACACUUUGUGGAUACUGGACAUAGGCCUCAGAACUUCAUCAGAGAUGUGGGCUUAGCAGACAGGUUUGAAGAAUAUCCAAAGCUUCGAGAGCUUAUCAGACUGAAGGAUGAGCUAAUAUCUAAAUCGAACACUCCCCCUAUGUAUUUACAAGCUGACUUGGAGGCUUUUGAUAUGCGUGAACUCAAGUUCAAGUUUGAUGUGAUUCUUUUGGAGCCGCCAUUGGAAGAAUACUAUAGGGAGACUGGCAUUACAGCUAAUGAGAAGUGCUGGAAUUGGGAUGAAAUUAUGAAGCUAGAUAUAGAGGAGCUAGCUUCCCCGCGUUCUUUUGUCUUUCUUUGGUGUGGUUCUGGGGAGGGCCUUGAUCUUGGCAGAAUGUGUUUGCGUAAAUGGGGCUAUAGAAGAUGUGAAGACAUCUGUUGGAUUAAAACCAACAAAAACAAUCCUGGAAAGACCAAGACUCUGGACCCUAAGGCUGUCUUUCAAAGAACAAAGGAACACUGCCUUAUGGGCAUUAAAGGAACAGUCCGUCGUAGUACGGAUGGAGACUUUAUCCAUGCUAAUGUCGACAUAGAUUUAAUUAUCACAGAAGAGCCUGAAAUUGGCAAUAUAGAGAAACCAGUGGAAAUAUUUCACAUCAUUGAACAUUUUUGCCUUGGAAGACGACGGCUUCACCUCUUUGGCCGGGAUAGCACAAUCCGACCAGGCUGGCUAACCGUGGGACCCACACUCACAAACAGCAACUUCAACGCAGAAACAUAUACGUCCUAUUUCACAGCUCCAAAUUCCAACCUAACUGGCUGUACAGAAGAGAUUGAGAGACUCAGGCCUAAAUCGCCGCCGCCAAAAGACCGAGGCGGUGGCGCACCGAGGGGUGGAGGAAGAGGCGGGACUUCAGCUGGCCGAGGAGAAAGGGGCAGAGAGAGAAACAGAACAAAUUUUCGGGGGGAAAGGGGAGGGUUCCGGGGAGGACGGGGUGGUACCCACCGGGGUGGCUUUCCUCCUCGCUGAAUGUAUCAAAGUCUCAAUCUUUCCCUGCCUUAAUACCACUGCUUUUCCUUUGUUUGAAGUCUUCGUUCUGCUGAGGUUGUCCUUAUUAGCGACUGAGUCCAGAAUUUUAGUACCGACUGUAUUCUUUCUUUUUUAUAUACAUGCUGCUUGAGCCAGCCCAUUUAGAGCACAUCAGCUUCCUUGAUGAGUAACAUCCAGUGCUUGUGACAGAUCUCAUUCACAAAAGUUGAAAUCAAAGCAGAAACACCUCCCAGUGGUUUCAGUUGUGGUUUCAAGAGCUUUCAUCAACUCUCGGUCUUCCCGAUUUGCAAAUCAUUUUAUUUACUGUUGACUCAUAAACCGAACAAAAAUCCUUGCUUGCCUCCUCUAAACACUAUUUAUUCUCAGGCUAAUGAAAUGCAACUCUAGUUCCCAUUGCAAUACUAGAAAAUUGGUGCUGAUGUAAACAGAAACUAUUAUAUUUGGCAUUUUAAUUAACAACUUGUGUCAAAUAUGUUAAUUUUUCUUUUAAGAGGUGAUUGACUUUGAGACUAAUGAUUCAUAGGAAGCGCAGAGAACCUAUUAUCAGUAUUCUGUAGAUACCUCAUACCUGUAUGUCAGCACAUAGUCCAUAUAUGUGUGUAAUCAGGGAAUGAUGCAAAGUGGUGGUGAUGGCUGCCUUUUUUCAAAAAGAAAAAAGUUAAAAUCUUGCUAAUACCUAUAACAAUUUACCAUAUUCAUUGGCUGAAAAAUUAAAGUUUAGAUUUACUUGCAGAAGGCUCAAAACACUUAAGAAUAUGGUCCAACUAAACUGUAGCAAUUUAGUGGAAGAAAUUCAGGUGUGCUGAAUUUCCUGUUGAAGCUGUUGGAACUUCAGAAAGUGCCAGGCUGGAUUGUGCUGUAAGGAUGUAUAAUACCCAAAUGAUAGGAAAUUACUUCUAAAAUACUGCUUGUAAAUAUGAAUUCAUUUGCUCUCUUAUUGCAGCCAGGUGCUUUGAUCCACAUAAACAACAGAGUGGGGGCUACAGGCUGUACUCCCUUUGUCCCCCCCCCCAAAUGAUCACUUG